ACCUCUAACCUUCGUCUUGUUUUUGUCGGUGACUUAGAAAUUGUUUAUUUUAGUUUUCUUAAAAAUACGAAUUAAAAACUCUUAACAAGAUGUCGUAUAUGUUACCGCAUUUACACAAUGGCUGGCAGGUGGACCAGGCCAUACUCUCGGAAGAAGAUCGCGUUGUCGUAAUACGGUUUGGCCACGAUUGGGAUCCUGCCUGCAUGAAAAUGGACGAAGUGAUGUAUAGCAUUGCCGAGAAGGUAAAGAACUUUGCAGUCAUCUAUCUGGUGGAUAUCACAGAGGUGCCCGAUUUCAAUAAAAUGUACGAACUUUACGAUCCCUGCACGGUCAUGUUCUUUUUCCGUAAUAAACACAUCAUGAUCGAUUUGGGUACGGGUAAUAAUAACAAAAUCAAUUGGCCACUGGAGGAUAAACAGGAAAUGAUCGAUAUUGUAGAGACUGUAUAUCGUGGAGCACGCAAAGGUCGUGGUCUGGUGGUAUCGCCCAAGGAUUAUUCCACCAAAUAUAGAUAUUAAGUAGAUAUAGAUUUAAGUAACUUAAUAAAACAAUUAAAUAAUUUGGCAAA